GGCUGAGUGGUCACCAUGGAGCCCUUCCUGCGCAUCGCCUUUAAUGCGUUUGAUGUGGGGGUCCUGCCCCCCCUGACUAACGCUCCCUUCUGUGCCAUUAAGAUGAAGGAGUCCCUCAGCACUGAGCGGGGGAAGACCCUGGUCCAGAGGAAACCCACUAUGUACCCAGCCUGGAAGUCCUGUUUCGACGCCCACAUCUACGAGGGCCGUGUCCUGCAGGUGAUUCUGAUGAAGACCACAGAGGAACCAUUGGCCGAGGCCACGGUGGGCGUGUCCGUGCUGGCCGAGCGCUGUAAGAAGGGCAAUGGCUGUGCUGAAUUCUGGGUAGACCUGCAGCCUUCUGGGAAGGUUCAAAUGGCCAUCCAGUUCUUUACGCAGGACACAGACACAGCAGCAGCGUUUAAAUCGACAGUGAAGACACGUGAAGGGGAGGACGUGCCGAUGACACUGAACCGAAGGAAAGCCAUUAAACAGCCCAAGGUGCACUUCAUCAAGAACCAUGAAUUCACCGCCACCUUCUUCGGACAGCCCACCUUCUGCUCUGUCUGCAGGGAGUUUGUCUGGGGACUCAACAAGCAAGGCUACAAGUGCCGACAAUGCAACGCGGCUAUCCACAAGAAAUGCAUCGACAAAAUCAUUGGGAGAUGCACCGGAACAGCAGAGAACAGUAGAGACACUGUGUUCCAGAAGGAGCGCUUUAAGAUCGACAUGCCGCAUCGCUUCAAGAGCCACAACUACUUGAGCCCUACCUUCUGUGACCACUGUGGCAGUAUGUUGUGGGGAAUGGUCAAGCAGGGCAUCAAGUGUGAAGAUUGUUCCAUGAACAUCCAUCACAAGUGUCAGAAGAAAGUGGGCAAUCUCUGUGGAAUCAACCAGAAACUUCUGUCUGAGGCCCUCAACCAAGUUAGCCAGAAAUCCAUAAGUAGGUCUGAGUCCAACAAAUCCGAGUCAACGGACAUUGGAAUCUACCAGGACUUACCAGGACCAAUCUACCAGGACAACAAAAGCCCAGUAGCGGACCCUAGUGAAGCCAAUGAGAAGCUGUGGGAGGGUGGUAAGGUCCCUGCCCCCACCAGCAUCACCCCCACGAUCCACCUCACCAUCGACGACUUUGUGUUCCACAAGGUGCUGGGCAAGGGCAGCUUUGGCAAGGUCCUGCUGGCAGAGCUGAAGGGGCGAGGGGAAUACUUUGCUGUGAAGGCCCUGAAGAAAGAUGUGGUUCUGAUGGAUGAUGAUGUGGAGUGUACCAUGGUGGAGAAGAGAGUCCUGGCCCUGGCCUGGGACAACCCCUUCCUCGCACACCUCUACUCCACCUUCCAGACCAGGGAACACCUGUUUUUCGUGAUGGAGUACCUGAAUGGAGGGGAUCUGAUGUUCCACAUACAAGAUAAGGGUCGCUUUGAUCUCCACAGAGCCACGUUCUACUCAGCAGAGAUUGUAAUUGGACUGCAGUUCCUCCAUUCCAAAGGAAUUAUUUACAGGGACCUGAAGCUGGACAAUGUGAUGCUGGACAGGGACGGCCACAUUAAGAUUGCUGACUUUGGGAUGUGCAAGGAGAACAUGUUUGGAGAAAAUCGGGCCACCACUUUCUGUGGGACGCCAGACUACAUCGCACCAGAGAUCCUGCUGGGACAGAAGUACACCUUCUCCGUGGACUGGUGGUCGUUUGGGGUGCUGGUGUAUGAGAUGCUGAUUGGCCAGUCGCCAUUCCAGGGUGAUGACGAGGAAGAGCUGUUUGAGUCCAUCAGGAUGGACGUGCCUCACUACCCUGGCUGGCUCACCAAGGAGGCCAAGGACCUGCUGGAGAGGCUGUUUGAACGAGACCCUAUUAACAGACUAGGGGUGGUGGGGAACAUCCAAGCACACUCCUUCUUCAAGACCCUCAAUUGGCCUGCCCUGGAGAAGAGAGAGCUGGAACCCCCCUUCAAACCUAAAGUGAAAGCGCCCAAUGACUGCAGCAACUUUGACCGGGAGUUCCUGCGUGAGAAGCCCCGCCUCUCCCACACGGACAAGAACCUGAUUGACUCUAUGGACCAGGCGGCCUUUGCAGGCUUCUCUUUCAUCAACCCCAAGAUGGAAUGCAUUAUGGUCAAUUGA